CAGGAUGGCUGAGAGCUCGAAGAUCCAGCUGUUUGUCAAGGCGAGUGAUGACGGAGAGACGAUCGGGCACUGUCCGUUCUGCCAGCGUCUCUUUAUGAUCUUGCUCCUUAAAGGCGUACCCUUUACUCUGACCACGGUGGAUACCAAAAGGUCCUUGGAUGUGCUGAAGGACUUUGCCCCAGGAGCUCAGCUCCCUGUGCUGCUGUAUGAUGGCGAAUCCAAAACAGACACUAACAAGAUUGAAGAGUUUCUGGAGGAGACCCUGGGACCCCCAAAUUUCCCAAGCCUGGUGACCAAGUAUAAAGAGUCCAGCAUCGCUGGAAAUGAUGUUUUCCACAGAUUCUCUGCUUACAUCAAGAAUCCAGUGCCUGCCCAGGAUGAAGCUCUGCAGAAGAACCUCCUCAAAGCCUUGCUUAAGUUGGACAAGUACUUGAACACACCCUUGGAGUAUGAGCUGGUACGGGAUCCUCAACUCUCCAUCUCUCGGCGGCGGUUUCUGGACGGUGACCAGAUGACCCUCGCUGACUGCAGCCUAUUGCCCAAGCUCAACAUUGUUAAUGUUGUGUGCCAACACUAUCGGCAGUUUGGUAUCCCCGAGGAGCUGCACGGCCUGUGGCGGUACCUGAACAACGCUGCCGAAGAGAAGGAGUUUAAGUACACUUGUCCCAACACCGAGGAGAUUGUGCAAGCUUACCGUGCUGUGGUCAGGCCGCUCAAGUGA